AGAUUGGGUGUGGUCCAAAAAUCAAAAUGGCGUUCGACAGACAACGUCGUGUAAAUGCUGGAAGGAAUAUCUCCAAACUCUUAGAGCAAGAAGAGAUGAAAGACGAGUUUUACAGCACGGCUUACGGUGGAUUUGAAGAAGCUUCAGAAGAUGAAGAAUAUCAGUCAGAAGAUGAAGUGGAAGAUGUUGUUGAUAGUGAUUUCGAUUUAUCAGAGAAUGAGGAGGAGAAAGAGGAGGAUGAGGAAGCUCUCCUUAAAGCAAAGCCAAAGCGAAGGAAGUGGGUUAAGUAUGAUCACAAGGCACCUGCUAAAAGGCUAAGAGCUAAAGCAUCUCCAGCAGUUCCAAGAAAGAAGAAAAAGGAGGUUCCACAAGUAGACCAACCCCACGAGCCGAGAAACCUUCGCAAGUCAACAAUAGACUUGGGCCAGUUGACGCUAGAGAGGGAAAGAUUGAGGACAGAAGAAUUAAAAAUGAAGCGUAAAUAUAGUCGUAAAUCCUCCAAAAAGGUGCCUAUACUUACACAAGAGCAGCUGUUGGAAGAAGCAAAGAAGACAGAAGUGGAGAACCUUGCUUCCCUCGAGGCUUACGCUCGCAUGGAAGCACAAAAGAAGACGUACAAAAUCAAAGAUCACACUAUCAGUGGUCCGGCAAUUCGCUAUCACUCUGUCACUAUGCCUGCCUUUGAGAGAGACGGAGGUUUAACAACCGAGAAAUAUUCGCGCAACUUUCUUGUAUUUACGGACACAAGUACAAUACCUACCUCGAUAUUUCCAACUGAGAAACCAACAAAACCCAAGUCUUUGUACUGCAAGGUAACAGGCUUACCGGCUAAGUAUAUAGACCCUUUGACAAAGUUUCCUUAUUCGACUGCUCAAGCUUUUAAGGUUAUACGAGACAGAUUUGUGAAGGAGAAGGAGGAAAAGUGCGACGAGAGACUCCAGCAGUUGAGUGGCUGGCUGGAAGAGAAGAAGAGAUUAAAGAUAAAGCAGACACGUUGAGACUUUUAUGUGGUGUAUUUGAGUGGUUAUUUUGAUGAAAUCAUCUCUCUCUCUCUCUCUCUCUCUCAUCUAUAGCCUCUCUUACUAUAUCUCUAGUAAUUUUUUUAAUUUAAUCCAUGUCAUUGUCGUUAUGUGCAUGCAAGAAUGA